AGACGACGACGAGUUUCUUGGCCUUUGGUUAAAAAAAAAAAAAAUCUCUGUACGCAUAAACGCAGAAGAAGCGGUGGCUCUGAGCCGGCGAAGUUUCAUUUCUCAUCCCUAAAAUUUUCAUGUCCAUCUUGCCUUCACCGCAUAACCAAGGUCACAAUUCUUCUUCUUCUAAUACAGAUUCCUCUCUAAACCCUAGCUCCGACCAUGGCGACAACUCUUCUUCUCUCUCUCCUCUUCCCACCUCUCCUCCUUCCCGGAUCUAUUCCACCGGAACUCGAUUCGUCGAAGAUUCUGAACCCACUCACGGUUUCUCCGAGCCGAUUGCUGCAGCUGAGGAGGGACAUAGCCGUGGAUCUUCCAAAGAGAUGACGCAAAUUGGAGCAGGGAAGGAGAGUUUUUCCCCACCUAAUGCUGAUAAACGUGACCAUUUCCGAUAUGAUGGUCGAAGGAAUAGGUCUAGAGGAAGAGGUACUGGAGGAGCUGCUGGUUCUUCUUCUUCUUCUUCUCAGUUGCAGCAUAACACCGGACAUUAUAAUUCUCCUAGAGGCGGUGUUACGCAUCAUAAUCCAACUGGUAGAAGAGCUAAUAUGAUAAGUGGGAACCAUUUACUGAAUUUUCAGUAUGAUCCGAUUUCGCCGCCACAAUCCAGGGGUCCUCCUCCGCCUCAAAGAAAGCAACAGUACAAGGGAAGGCCUUAUAACAAGGAUAUGUUUCUUAAGGCCAAUUACAAGUUUGUUGUGUUGGAUACUGGAGAUCAUUCUCCUGAUUCUAUGGAUCCUGACAAAACGCUGCAGUGGGAUAAUAUAAUUUGUGUAAGGUAUUCUACUCCGUCUCCUGUGCACUGUCCGAUUUGCUUGGAGUAUCCUCUAUGUCCGCAGAUAACUUCCUGUGGGCAUAUCUUCUGUUUCCCGUGUAUUCUACAGUAUCUGUUGACUGGUGUGGAUAACCACAAGGCAGAUUGCUUCAAGAGGUGUCCAUUGUGCUUCGUGAUGAUUUCUCCAAGAGAGUUAUACACUGUUUAUAUUGAAAACGUCAAGCAGUAUUCUGUAGGCGAUCCCGUCGAGUUUGUACUUUUGACCCGCAAGAAAGAUUCAUUUGCUCCCACCCGAAAAGUUGAGUAUGACUCGAAUGUUACUAGUGGUGAUAAUGAGAUAUAUGAUCCGUUUUCAAAGUUCAUUUUCACCCAAGAUGUUGAUCUUUCUGUCAAACAAGCAGUUUCAGAGUUAGAUUCUUGGAUUGCAAAGGCAGAUCCUGGACUCGUCGAAGACUUGGAGAAGCACCUAUAUGUAAAUGCUGCUUUGGAUCGUUUGGAGCAGAGAAAAAUGUACUGGAAUGCGCAUAGGCUCUCUAAUUACAGAAAAUUGAAUACACCAGCUAGAAAUCAGACACAAUCAUCUUCACCUCCUGAUGUUUCUCGAGUUGGUUAUCAAGCACCCAGCUGGGCGCAUGGAGCAUCAGCUAGCGGUUCCAAAAAUCAAGAGAAAUCAAUUGAAGAUUCUUCAGUAGAUAAGUCAGAUGGGCAAUCACAAUUUAGUUUGGAAAAGAGUUAUGAUAAUGGUCAUCCUCUAGAAGACCAAGACGCACCGUCAUCUUCCUCAUAUAAUGGCAGCAAAGGUUUCCUGUCGCACCAAAAUGACACCAAAGACCUGAAGGACAACGAUGCAUACAACUUUUAUCAGUCUGUUGAUGGUCAGCACAUUAUCCUUCACACUUUAAAUGUGAAGUGCCUUCUGCAUCACUAUGGCAGCUAUGACUUUCUUCCACCAAGAGUGAGUGGAAAGAUACUGGAAAUGGAGACUGUUACCCAGUCGGAAGCUAUAAGGAGACGUUACCGCUUCUUGAGUCAUUUUUCUUUAACAACUACAUUUCAGAUAUGUGAGAUUGAUAUGAGGGAUUCCUUGCCUCCUGAUGCCUUUGCUCCAUUUAUAGAUGAUAUCAAGAAGCGUGAGAAGCAGAGGAAAGACCGUGCUAGGAAGGAGCAAAAAGAUAAAAUUAAAGCUGAAGUAGCUGCAGCUGCAGAGCUUGUUGUACCAUUGAUGGCCAGUUUUGGGCAGUCGUCUCAUAAUGACUUUCCUCCAUAUUCCUUGGAUGACUUUGAAGCCCUUGGGAACUCUGCCCCAAUAUCAUCUAGCCCUCCAAACAUCAGAGAGAGAAAUUCCUUUUCACAUGUGACAAGGCACGGUUUUGCAGCAGGCCAUGACUCCCCCAACUUGAAUAACGAUGCAACAAAUGUUCAAAGCAGCAGCAGUAGUGAAGUUGCUAAUGCAACCACAGGUGCAAGAACCACAAACAUGACAUCAUUCGCAAGUGUAACAUCAAGAACAGUGACACCAAGCGCACCAGCCGCAAUCAAAGAACCCGGAAAGAGAGGGAAGAAACAGAACCGGGUACUUUUGUCGACAACAAGUGUACGCCGUUACUGAAGAGACUUUAAAAAUGCUAUGGAUUUGUGUGUAUGUAUAAUAAUCUUUUCAUCUAAGAAGAAAUACUGAAUAAAGAAAAGAACAGAGGUUGUGGUCUUGUGGAUGUGGUGAGUAAGUUAAAUUUGAACUUUGGAUUUGUUUCUUUUUUCACUGUGCAUCAUUUAUAUGGAUGUGAGUUUGAUCCCCUUA